CUGUCUCACACACAGUGUACUCAAACUCAGAAGAACGACCCGGUUUCCACCACAGUAUCAUCCGUAAAUGAGGACGAGAAAAAUUUAUCUGAUUCCUAUCAUAUAUUUGUCGGCGAUCUUGCACCGGAUGUGGAAGACGACGUGUUGCACGCUGCAUUCGCGGCAUUUGGUAAUGUAACAGAAUGCAAAAUUAUCAAGGACAUGCAUACACAAAAGCCGAAGGGAUACGGAUUUGUUGCGUACAAAAACAAACAUGAAGCCGAACGUGCCAUUCAAAUCAUGAACGGUCAAGUCAUCGGUUCCCGGGCGAUACGAACCAACUGGGCUGUGCGACGAGACCCAGCUGAUCAGGCAAAAGAUCACAGACCCCUGAACUAUAUCGAAGUAUUUAAUGCUUCCUCUGCCAGCAAUACCACCAUAUAUGUUGGUGGAAUCAACACUGGUCUUACCGGUAAAUUCAAACAAAACGAUGGAAUAUCCACGUAG